ACAUCAGCUAACUUCCAACCAAAACAUUAAAUAUUAGUAGAAGCAGAAAAUGUAAUGGAAGUAGUAGAGAUAGAGGUAGAGGAUAAUAUAUAAACAUAAAGAAAUGAAGAAACUGGCACGAUGUCCGGGGCGUCGAAUGGGCAGGUCUGUAUGUAUGUAGGUCAUCGUCUAACUGUUUCACGUACCGUUUCAAUCCUCAACUACUCCCUCGUCAUUUAUAUCCCGCUUGUAACGUCUCUUUUAUGCCUGCUCCAACAAGUUAGUUGUCUUGUUGUUUUUGGUGGCAUCUUGCUCUUGGUGGUGCUUCGGGUUUUGUGCGUGGCCACAUGCCUUGCCUUGUUUUGUCCAGUCACACAUCCAUUUCUUCAUCUACUCACACUCCGGCUCUCAUUUUUACUCGGGCACUUCCUCUAUCUCUGGUCGUACCUCCACCUUCUCCAGCUCCUUCUACUUAAUCGCAUUUGCUCUCCCUCUCACCCGGUGGCAAUCAGGUUCGAAAGCAACGGAUGCAGUUCGUACUCGCACUGCCUCCAGCUUAGUCUUCUUCGACAGCUUGCCAAGGACGCGUGACCUUACCCGAGUGUAAUAGUCUUCUAUUUCGACUGAUAUAACGAGUUGAGAAUAAAAGUAUCCUGAGGAUGCUUUCGGUCGUACACAAGUCAAUGUACUUUUAAUUACCAGUGAUUCAAGACUUUUAUUCAACACUUUCAAGUAUUCUAUUAUUUAUUCACACCAGACAAUGAAGUACCUGACAGCCAUGACGAUGUCGGCAGUGUUUUUACUGGCAACAACACUAGUCGCUGGAGAAUCACUGAUGGGCGGUCAUUUGAAUAAUAAAAAGUCAACAGGAGAUACCGGAAAUUCGCUACGUUAUAGAAUUUUGAACGGUCCCUAUGCUUUUAAUGGCGGGCAGCCGUUCUCCUUGGAGAAGGAUCCCGUUACCGGGCAAAUUGACUUCAAUAAAGCGCCGCCGUUGACGGCAUACAAUUAUACCGGUUCGUAUGAUAUUAAUAACACCGAAGAUGAUGAUAAUAAUAAUAAUGACAAUAACAAUAAUGAAAAUGCUGAUGGUAAUGGUGAUAAUGAUGACAGUAAAAUGGAGAAUGAAGAAAGCGAGAAUGGACAAGAGGAGGAGGAUAAUGACACACAUUCACCAGUGAGAUCCUCACUCGAUGACGAGGACCAACACCAUCCGAACGAAAUAAAUCCGUACUCGCCAAGUUUCCAUGACUUUUUAAACUUACCCGUACGUUAUUCUGAUCACGAAAAAUAUCACAGCGAUAAAUACCCACUUAUAUCUAGCUCGUAUGCUAAUACUAAAGUACAAGGUGGCAGUGGAAACUCUGCUUACAAUGCAUACAUUAUAAAUAAUCAUAAAAAUUAUCAUGCUGGUGGUGAGGCGUCGACGUCGCAGUCUUAUUCAAUGACCCGCAAGCCAUUUGUACCGAGAACCACUACCCGGAAACCAAAUACGACUGUCAGGACAACACUGCCAACUACCACUACUUUAAAGACCACGACAUCUACUACUACUACAACGACAGCUAAACCAACGACGACUACGACAACUACGACGACAACUACUCCAAGUACAACCACUAAAAAACUUACAACUGAACAAGUUACUACCUGGAAGCCUCCCAAGAUUCCAUCCAACUUUGAUCGGUACGAUGUUGACUAUGAAGAUGCGCUGCUGCCAAUUGAGAAAAUCCAGAGUACGGGUAAUAGAAGAGAUGAAAUUUUAGUUCAUGACUCCAGUGAGUACGACGAUCACUAUGAUGAGUAUCUUAUGAUUGAGCCGACUCAGAGUACUUCGAGUACGACUACGACUACAUCAACUACUAUGACGACACCGACCAGUACGACAGCCGCACCGACGACUCAGACAUCACCGAAACCUACUCCGCAACCGGACCCUGUGAGAAGUAGCCCCGAAAAUGUGGAAAGUAAGCGACCGAUGCCGGUAAAUAAUCUUGGAGACAUGGGAUACGGAGAAAAUAAUGAAGAAAUUAAUAGGCCGGGGCAGAUGAUUAAUAUGAAUGGUAUCGGGGAUACCGGAUACCAGAACCAGAUGAUGAAUCUUCCGAGUUAUUCAGGACUUGUCGUAGAAAGUGCUAGCAAUAUUAUCGUCCCUCCUGAUCAGGACACGAUAUCAUUUGUCCUUGGCAACAAGCAGAAUGUCCAAGGAACGUACUACGCGCACGGGAGUGCUAUUCCUGAAUCACCGUAUGGAGAUGGAAGCUCGAUGAAGCCACUGGAAGCGGGUCAUACUGUCGAUUUAUCUAUAGGACGCCCGGCAAUAGCAGCACCGAUAGCGGCAGAUGCUCAUGUUAAUCAGUAUCCCAGUCAGGUGAUUAAAGAUCGGUACACGCCGCCUAAUGACAAUGGACAGAAGUGGUGGUACAACAAUGAACACGCGGAGAAAUCGCAAAGUGUAGCUGAGAAAGUUAAAGAUGACAAUGUCAACGUCGCUGCUGGAUAUCGUGUAGUAUUUCCUACUUCAGCCUCGGAAAUUUCUACGGAGUCAGUUCCAGUGUCGGAGACUUCAACGUUAUCAACGACACUGAUGACCCCUAGAGAAACUGCGCAGUUGUCAGAAAUCUUGACACCUCCAGCGGUUGAUGCCUCGAGACCUUUGAUUUUAGGACAACGACCAGACUAUCACCAUCCGCACUAUCAUCAUUAUCAUCGAAGACCAUCACCAGAAAUCCCUGCGACCCACUUACGGUUGCCGCUGGCUCCUAAUGAAAAUGCUUAUAAAAUUCGUCCGAUGUCUAGUAGUCUGCCAAAUAUUUUACCGCAGUUCCGACCGGGUUCUCAGCGACGUGGUAGUGAAGUUAUUGGUACAAUGCUCGUGUCCAGUCAUGGAAAAUAUCCGCAAAGAGUUCCAAUAAGAGGAAACCCACCACCACAGCAGCAGCUCCAUCGUGGGCCACAAAGACCUCGGCCACCUGUACCACCAUCAUCACAUUUGCAACCAGCGUCACAUUUACCACCGCAAUCACAUUUAUCAGCACAGUCACAUCUACCCCACUCUCACAUACCAUCUUCAGGACAUUUAUCACCACCAUCAGCACACCUUCAAAGAUUAAGUCCUCCACCUCCACCUCCACCAGUCCAUGCACUGAGACUACCUACUCCGGCAGCUCUUAUUGGUAAUCCAGACAUACGUGGUCCAGUAACAGAAAGUGUUCCUCUGUCAAAAGAACCUCUGCCACUUCGUCGCAAUGGAAUUAAUGGUGAAGGAAAGAUUGACGAGCGUAAUCGAUUAUCUUUUUCAAACGGCCAGACAUUGAAAUCCCGGUUGAAUGAUGAAGACAUGGAAAAAUUAUCUGCUGAAUCACCAGCGAUGCCACCACGAGCACCACUUUUUCCCAAGCGCAAAAAUGGCAAUUCCAGCGUAGCGACACUCCAGAUGAUUCAGCAUCUGGGCACUCAAUCAGCAGAAAGUGGUGAUGAAAAAGGUCAGGGUAAUGAUAAUGACAAUGAUACAGCAAACCGCCGCGGUGACGAAGCUCCGGUUUACGUCGUUUAUCCGGUGAAAGGUUCCAUUGAUAUAAAUGAUGACACGGAUAAUACUGCGGACAGCCAACCGAUAGAUGAGAGCGUUGUAAUUGGAACUCACGGACCCCAAAGACCUUUGCCACCAGAGAAUUUAACUCACGACGAAGAUAAUGAUGAGAUAGUACCAAGCUCUCCGCCUUUGCCCGUUCGUUUGGGCUCAGAUUUCCCGUAUCCACUCGAGAAACCUGACCCUUCUUUAUUUAUAAGUCAAGUACACGAGACUCCUUUGCUCGUACCUACAGAGCAGCACGAACAGCAGACAGAGGACGGUCCAUUCGACGAAAAAGUAGGAAAUAAUCAAGACAGAGAUACCAGUAUUAACAUAAUACCGUAUCUUCAAGAUCAUCAGCCAUUUGGUAUCAAACCCAAUACCAUUUCAACAACUCUCCAACUUCUCUCCGGGUCACCUGCUUCCUCAUCAUCAUCUGCGUCAUCAUCCACCGCAAAUCCCAUCGCUUAUGUGUACACACCAACAACCCGCGCUCCUCUGCGAAGACAAAGCGAGUCUUACGAAAGAAAUCCAGUUCUCCUGCCAUCGCAGCAGCCGUCAAGUUCAUCCAGUUCCGCGCCGUCACCGCAAAACUUCAUGGCACCUUUCGUAGCGAGUAUAAGUGCUGACACAUCUUCUCAAAACGGGUGGAGUGUUGUAACAGGUGGCCAUUCUAUUUACAAGACAGAAUCAAAUGACAGAAUUGACAAAAAUGACGACGAAAAAAACAAUGACGACAAAAGUAAAGAUGAUGAUGCUGAUAAAAAAGAUACUGAUGAGCGUAACAAAAAUGCAAUAAGCAGUACGACGGCAGCUGAUGAAAAUGAUAAAAAUAUAAAUGAAGAGACUGAAACAGAUGCCAUUAAAAACUCAUUCGAUUCCGACAAUUUCAAACCGCAAUUGUUCAGUGGGUUCCAACCGAUCUAUGAGUUUCCUUCCGACUCCGAAGAAAUGCCCGGUGACAUCCGGACGGACACGGCGAUGAUGGAAAAGCCGCGAGGUAAAGAAUCUGAUCAUUGAUUGGUAUCUUAGUAGACUUAAUUGGAUUAGCAACUUGUUUUUUUUUUAAUUAAUAAUUAUUUAUAUUUAUUUAUAAAAUAUUUUUCAUUUAUGGACUGAUAUUUUAUAAUAGACAAUAACGUGCAAUCUGAAAAUUAAACAUCCAUUUGGGUAAAUAAUUUUAUGAUCUCUGCACAAUCAUUAAAAAAUUUCUAUAUAUACAUAAAUAAUAACUAUAUUUAUAUAUAUUUAUAAUUAUAUUUAU